AUGGACGGCGAAGGCACAAUAUCAUUCCGAGGCGUCAAGAUGGAGGAAGCCGCCCCGACCGCGACAGAUCUAGUAGCGGCAUCACCACUGCCUACGACUGCAGCAUCCUCAACCUCCCAUAAUAACGCCGAGAUCGACGAUGCUAAGAGCAAGACAAAGCCGUCCCAGGGCGUGAUGCCCUACCGCUCGUGGAAGAGGAAGCACCUAAAGAUGCGCCUUGCCUUUGAGGAGAAGAUGGAGGCCAAUGCGAGGCUGCAUGCUGAGGAGGUCAAGGCCAUCCAGACGAGCAAGCGUCUAGCAGUAGAGAUUGACCGAGUUCUCGACCUGCUCCUCGAUGUCAACAAUUCGGCUCAGAUCCCGGGAUCCAAGCGCAUCGAUCUCAGUCUGACCUCAUCGGACGAGUCGUCGAAGCUCACCAGCCUCGAUAUUGACCACAAAGGCGGCUGGGCCAAGCGCUUUUCCGACAAGAGCGACCCUCAGGCACCACCUCCCGAACUGCCUGCCAAGUCGCUGCAGUCACUACUCCAUGAUGUGCGACACGUCAAUCUUGCCGCCGCAAAUCGCGGUCUACCGUCACUCCUCAAGGACUUGGUUGCAGGCGAUGAUAACAAGCUCGCCUUUGUUGUCCCGACCGGAAAAAACUCUCCCCAGCAGCAUCCACAGCAGAAGCUCAAGCAUUAUCCGGAGAGCUUCCUGUCCGCCGAUGACAUCGACAAUUACCUGUGGGAGGUCGACCGCAACGUGGCCGGACAUGUUCUUCUGGCCGGCCAGACCCCGCCGCCAAUGCUUCCGACGUUGGCCCCCUUUGCACACAUGGUCGACACGCACACGCCGACGGCCAACGGUGGUAGCAGUGGGUGGGAAGAGUUUUUCAACCGAAGCAUCUCAAAGACGGACCUGCCAUCAAUUUACGGAGCGUCAAUGACAGCGACCACGCGCGACAGCAUUCUGCGCAACCCGACAAGCGUCUUCAACUGGCUCAAAAAGAACGCGCCCAAGGCCGUCUUUUUGCAGGAGGGUGAGGCUACGGCAGCUGCUGCAGCCGACCGCGAGAACAGCAACAACGGUCAUUACAAUCACGGCGAUGACUACCACCACUACUCGUAUGGCGGUGCUGGUAACCAGAACGGUGCUGGUGGUGGCGGUGGCGGCAGUGGAGCGCCGACAGCGCGUGGCCGCAAGUCCGUGGGUGGGAGCGGCGUCGAGAGGACGGCGAGCAGCCGUGGUGGAGGACGUAAGCGAGCCUCGGCGGUGAUUCCUCUGCGUGAGCAUCUGGCGGUGGACGGGGUGGAAUCAGACGACCUGUCGCAUGAACUGGCGACGCCUCGGGCUAUGGGGCCAACGGGCAGCGGUGGCCGAGGUGGCAAGCGGAAGCGGCCAAUGCAGGACGACGAUGCCGGCUACCGGCCAAGGGCAAGCACCGGGGCCGGAGCUGGUGUCGGGGCUACGCCCACUGGAGCCGGCGGCAGCAGUGGCCGUGGGACGAAGCGGAAGCGGAAGAGCGAGGGCGGUCUGGGCGACAUGACAAAUACGAUCACCAGCACGUUGUCAUCGAUGGCGGCCAAGAAGGCGCGUAAGAGCGGAGACGCGGCAGCAGCGGCGACAGUAGCAGCAGCAAGAGAAGCGGCCGAAACAGUCGAUGUGGCCGAAACGGUGGCAGCUGCAGACGGAGACGAUCUGGACAUGGCCGAAGGUGAAGCAGAAGCAGACGGCGGCGGUGGCGGCGGCGGCGGGGAUGACGACGACGACGUCGAUGAAGACGACGAUGCAUCGACGGCCGAAUAG